GGUUUGCAUAGAAUUUGAAAUUCGUCUCAAUACACGAACUAAGAUUUGGCGACGUGUCCAUCGCACGAAAUCGACUUAAAUUUUGAACCAAACUUCGCCUUCGGUAACAACUUUUACUCGUUAUGGCGUUGUCAAGAAAUGCUAUGUUGGUGUGGUGUUUUGUCGUACUAGCUGUAAGCUGGGCCGAAAAUGUAUGUACGGUAUUAUGUUGAUAUUUCUGUCGACUAUAUAUAUUUAUUAAUAAGUUUCGUGAUCCAAGUAUGAAGGCCGAUUGGCGAUUUACAAUACACAAUUUUUGCCUAAAAUUCUCGGCAUGCAACUUGCUUACAACUUGAGUUGUACUGUGUAAAUCAAUCACACAACCCACCUAUGACACUAUUACCACUAAGUUUUCAAAGUGACAAUAUGAUAUGUUACUUUGGCUUUUCAUUACUAUCAAGUUGUCAUUCGUGGCAAAUAAAUUAACUAGAGAACGUAUAAUUUCGUUCUAUUAUCGUCAAAAGUUCUGAGAUUGAUCACCAUGUAUCCUCUUGCCCCAAAACGCUUACUAAACCCUUCAAUAUACCAUUAGUUGCCGCCAUGCGCACGUACAAACACACAAGUUGUAACAAACCUGCAGCAGACUUGUAGCAAUGCUGUUCCAACAACUUGUCAACAGGAUGUGUUCGCACUGCUUGUUCCCAGCUUGUUGACAACUUGCUACAAGGUUGUUGAACUCAACAAAAUUGUUACAAGUUGUUCCAACAACUUGUUAUCGUUCUGCAAUUCAAUAAGUUACGAGUGACAACCUUGUAGCAACUUGAUGAAAUAACAGCAUUGUUGACAACUUGCUACAAGGUUGUUGCGAACACAUCUUAUUGACAAGUUGCGAGAUUUUUACGGGUAUAUCCCCCCUGUCCCAAUAUACAUUAGUUGCCACCAUAUUAUAGGUAAAAAUACCAUGGCCAGCCGAGGUCUAGGCCUAGGUCUAGGCUGAGGUAUAAGGACUUGAUUAAAAGCCUGGUUUCCAUAAGGCCGUAACGGUCGUAAAGAUUGAUUCACGAUCUUUCUCAUCAGCCGAAAUACAACAUUUUAGAACUGAAAAUACGCGAAGUGAUUAUAACUAGAGAACGCUUAUGAUUUAUAUGUGGUUUACAGGUAUAAACUAUUAUAAACUUUUAUAAAUUUUUACGACCAUUAUAAUGGAAACCGGGCCGGCUUAACGACACUCAAUUGAUCAAUACAUACUCGUCAAUAUCCUUUGUAAAACAAUCGAGUGAAAUAUUUUCAUGGUAUUUGCAUUAAUGUUAUUAAUUAGUUAUUCUUUAUGUGGUUUUAUUAUUUAGAAUGAUCACGUUAUGGAUUCAAAACGUAAGUUCAAAAAUGUCCGAGUCAUUUUAGGCGAGGCCCAGACUAGAGUAAAGACCGCAGUCGGCUCUGAUUUUCUGGCCAAGGACCAGUCGGUCUCUGAUUUUCUGGCCAAGGACAGGCCUUGGCAAAACUUUGCAUUGUUUACGCAGCAAAAAUGUAGACCAAAGCAAGACUCACAUCAAAGCUCACAGUUUAAACAUGUCGGCUAUAAUAUACACACGCAAAAAUCUCACAUCUUGUAGUAAGUCUGCCAGCAAGCCGUCAACAAGUUGUGUUCGCACUGCUUGUCCCAAAUUGUCAACAAGUGUGGAACAAGCUGUUAACAAUAUGUUGUAACAAUCGUGUUGAUAUUAUCAGACUUGUUGCAAGGUUGUUCCAACAAGUCCGAUACAGUCAUGAUAUAAGAAUAUUGUUACAACCUUGUGUCGUCAACCUUGUAACAUUCUUGUUAUAUCAUGACUGUAUCAGACUUGUUGUAACAACCUUGUAACAAGUCUGAUAAUGCCAUCAAGCUUGCUACAAGUUGUUAACAGCUUGUUCCAAACUUGUUACAACAACUGGGAACAAGCAGUGCGAACACAACUUGUCGACAGCUUGUGAACAGAUUUGUAACAACUUGUUUGCAAACUUGUAGCAACUUGUGCGUUUUUACGUAUCUAGACUAAAUCUCUCACGACUCUCAGUUUGUCAACAACAUAUGUUCGCACUGCUUAUUCCCAGUCGUUAUCAUCUUGUAACAAGGUUGAUGAGGCCAACAGUCUCGCAAAAAGUUGUUCCAACAACCAACAAGUCUGAUAUCGUCUGCACGUGACAAGUUGUUAACAAGUUGAUGACAACAAGCUCGUAGCAACUUGUUACGAACAGCCUGUAUUAGUCUUGUUGGAACAACUUGUAGCAAGUCUGUUACUUGUUUGCUAAAACAAUUAUAAACCUAUAUCAAAUCUUUGAGUUAAUACUUUUAUUCUACUUAUCGAUCGCAUAUACCAAAGGACUACUUUUAAAACGUUCCGUAAAACAUUCGCAUCAGAUCUUUAUGUAAUAUGCAAGCUCGAGCCGAAAGCGAGAGUUUGUAUAUCAGAUUAAAAUCGGAUGCAAAUGUUUUAACGUGCUUAAAAAACAACCCAUCUUAUGAGUCAGGACAAAUCUUUAUCCGAUUUAUAAACAUUAAUUAAACAUUAAUUUCUUUUGAAUUUUCUUCUUGAAUUAUUAAUGAGUUUUUAAGUAAAAAUUUUAAGUAAGAUUAUAUUACUAUUCGUUCUUGUUUCUCUUUUUUCAGAACGCUAUGAGAAAAUGCAUGAGCACUAUGAUGGGUUGGGCGAUGCAGGUGAGAAGGAUGGUUUAGUGUCGUAUAAAGAGAUCAGGAGAGCACUGGGUACCACCACUGAAGAGGAAUGGAAGAAGGAAAUUGAACCUCAUGAUGACGGAGAUAAACUACUUAAUCCUGCAGGUCUGAGCAAUGCACACAGUUUUAUUUUCAAACUUUAAAUACAUUUUCCGGUUGCAAUAGAAACAUGAAUGUCAGAUGCGGUUAGCGUGCUCACAGCAGAGUUAAACCUGCUAUUGUACACACUUAAAAACGCACAAGUUGUUACAAGUCUGCAAACAAGUUGUUACAAAUCUGUUCACAAGCUGUCGACAAGUUGUGUUCGCACUGCUUGUUCCCAGUUGUUGUAACAAGUUUGGAACAAGCUGUUAACAACUUGUAACAAGCUUGAUGGCAUUGUCAGACUUGUUACAAGGUUGUUCUAACAAGUCUGAUACAGGUAUGAUAUAACAAGAAUGUUACAAGGUUGGCGACACAAGAUCGUAACAAUAUUGUUAUAUCAUGACUGUAUCGGACUUGUUGGAACAACCUUGCAGCAAGUCUGAUAAUAUCAACAAGGUUGUUACAAGUUGUCAACAGCUUGUUCUAAACUUGUUGACAACUUGGUAGAACAAGCAGUGCGAACACAGCUUGUUGACGGCUUGUUGGCAAACUUGCUACAAGAUGUGAGAUUUUAACGCGUGUAGGUCGAGGGUACACACGUAAAAACUGUCACAACUUGUCAACAAGACGUGUUCGCAACAGACUUGUAGCAAGCUUGUCAACAAGUUGUAACAAUGCUGUUAUUCUAUCAAGUUGCUACAAGGUUGUCAUUCACAGCUUGUUGACAAAUUGUUAAAGUGGAAGUCAAGUCCGUAAUGUAAACAAACGGUUUGUUUACAUUUUGAACUGCUGUAUUUUUUAAGAUAUGAUGUACUGUCUGAAUAUCUAACACCAUUUUGGUUUGCUAUGCUUCUAAAUGAAUAUGAAAUAAAGUUUAUGUUCAGAAAAAUUCGAAAAAAUUCGAAAUUUCGGCAAUUUUCAAAUUAGAGGUCCUCACAUUGUUAUGCGCAGAACCGAUGCGCAGAAUGGACUUGACUUCCCCUUUAAAUUGCAGGACGAUAACAAAUUGUUGAAACAAUGUAACAAGUCUGUUGAACUCAACAACUUUGUAGCACGUUGUCAACAACUGUUGGCAACUUGUCAACAAGCUGGGAACAAGCAGUGCGAACACAUCCUGUUGACAAGUUGUCAGUGGAACAGCAUUGCUACAAGUCUGUUGCAGGUUUGUACAACUUGUGCGUAUACCACUGAUAAUUAGCACCAGCAUAUAUUUCACAGAAUUGAAAUAUUACAAAUUAACAGUGUUAUAUUGUAAACCUUAGACAUCGAUGAAAUUGAAAGUUAAUUUUAACAAGUGAUUCACACAUCGAAAGGAACAGAAUGCUCAGUUAUAUAAACUAUGGUUCUUGUCAUUUUUUUUUUCAGAAUUCGAAAACUGGUUGUCAAGUUUCAAAAAGCAAGAACUUUAAAAGAAAACAUAAAUUAACAUUGUGUGUGUCUAUCGUGAAAUUAUAUAGUAUUAUUGAUGCUGUAAAAUUGACGCCAUAUUUAUGCAGCAAUAUAAGCAAAACUUACUGAACUUCAGACAUCAUUUUCUCUUUGGCGUACCAUCUAAAAUCUCUUCAUUUUAGCAUUAUUUUACAGAUAAAGCACUAAACUUACUUUGUAAGUUUGCUUGCCGCUUGAAAAACAUAUCAAAAAUUUAAAAAAUUGAAUAUAACCAAGUAGUUUUUAUUUAUAAGCGCGUGUUCGAUAAUAUACAAAAUAUUCUCCUCUGUAAUAUCUCAUGAUGUUGUUUUAUGUCAAUUUUAUUAUCUUAUUUUUUCGGUUUAUAUAAAACGAAGAUUUUAGUGAUGCUGUGUCA